AUGCCAAGUGGGGUUCAAAUGACAGUGGAAUUUAAGAUGAGUGAAAUGAUCAAUCUUGAGUCAGAAGACUGUGCAUCCAUAUACAUCUUUAAUGUAGACCAACCAUCAUCAUCUGUAAAUCAACCAAUUUGUAUUCCUCGCCAUGGACUGCAGUCUCACUCCUCUCCUCUAUCGCCACCUACAAGACUUCAGAGUCAUAAGAACUAUGAAGGGACUUGUGAGGUACCGGAAUCCAAAUAUAGUCCACUAGGUGGACCCAAACCCUUUGAGUGCCCAAGUAUUCAAAUUACAUCUAUUUCACCUAAUUGUCAUCAAGGGAUUGAAGCCAACGAAGAUGAAUUGCACACAAAUGGCACAGAAAAUGAGUAUAUGGAAAGGCCGUCACGGGACCAUCUCUAUCUUCCUCUUGAACCAUCAUAUAGGGAAUCAUCCCUUAGUCCAAGCCCUGCCAGCAGCAUUUCAUCCAGAAGUUGGUUUUCAGAUGCUUCCUCCUGUGAAUCCAUUUCCCAUGUUUAUGAUGAUGUAGACUCAGAGCUAAAUGAAGCAGCUGCUCGAUUUACCCUUGGCUCUCCUUUGGCAUCUCCUGGUGGCUCUCCGAGAGGUCCCAGUGAUGAAUCUUGGCAACAGCCUUAUGGAUUUGGGCAUGCCUUGUCACCUAGACAGUCACCCUGUCAUUCUCCCAGAACUAGUAUUACAGAUGAAAAUUGGUUAAGCCCUAGACCAACAUCAAGGCCCUCAUCAAGACCUACAUCCCCCUGUGGGAAACGACGACACUCCAGUGCUGAGAUUUGCUAUGCUGGUUCUCUCUCUCCUCAUCAUUCUCCAACUCCGUCACCUGGCCAUUCUCCCAGAGGAAGCAUAACAGAAGACACAUGGUUAAACACUUCUGUCCAUAACGUACAAGGUCUUAAUUCUGGCCUUUCACCAUUUCAGUGUUGUACAGAGACUGACAUCCCUCUAAAAACAAGAAAGACCUCAGAGGAUCAAACUGCCACUUUAUCUGGAAAAAUAGAUCUCUGCCCUGAAGAACAGGGAAACUUAUCGUCAUCCCUUGAAACUGCAGUAGAUGACUGCUCUGGAUCUCAACACACCUUGAAAAAAGAUUUGCCUGGAGACCAAUUUCUUUCUGUUCCUUCGCACUUUACUUGGAACAAACCAAAGCCUGGCCAUACCCCUAUAUUUCGCACAUCUUCAUUGCCACCUCUUGACUGGCCUUUACCAAGUCAUUAUGGGCAGUGUGAACUGAAAAUAGAAGUCCAGCCUAAAACUCAUCAUAGAGCUCACUAUGAAACAGAAGGAAGCAGAGGAGCAGUAAAAGCAUCUACUGGAGGACACCCUGUAGUGAAGCUCCUAGGCUACAGUGAAAAGCCAGUAAACCUACAAAUGUUCAUCGGAACAGCAGAUGAUCGCUACUUAAGACCUCACGCGUUCUACCAGGUGCACCGAAUCACUGGAAAAACAGUUGCUACAGCUAGUCAAGAGAUAAUAAUUGCCAGCACGAAAGUUUUGGAAAUUCCGCUUCUUCCUGAAAAUAAUAUGUCAGCCAGUAUCGAUUGUGCAGGUAUUCUGAAACUUCGCAAUUCGGAUAUAGAGCUCCGUAAAGGAGAGACAGAUAUUGGAAGAAAGAAUACCAGAGUGCGACUUGUGUUUCGUGUGCACAUCCCACAGCCUAGUGGAAAAGUCUUAUCUCUUCAGACUGCUUCCAUACCUGUUGAAUGCUCUCAGCGAUCUGCUCAAGAACUUCCUCAGAUUGAGAAGUACAGCAUCAACAGUUGCUCAGUAAAUGGAGGCCACGAAAUGGUGGUGACAGGAUCUAAUUUUCUUCCAGAAUCAAAAAUUAUAUUCUUUGAAAAAGGACAAGAUGGACGACCUCAGUGGGAGGUAGAAGGGAAAAUAAUUAGGGAAAAGUGUCAAGGGGCAAACAUCGUUCUUGAAGUUCCUCCAUACCAUAACAAAACUAUUACAGCUGCAGUUCAGGUGCAGUUUUAUCUCUGCAAUGGCAAGAGGAAAAAAAGCCAGUCUCAACGUUUUACUUAUACACCAGUUAUAAUGAAGCAAGAGCACAGAGAUGAGGUAGAUUUGUCUGCUGUUCCAUCUUUGACCCUGCCUCACACAGGCAAUGUUCAGGGCCUACAUUCUAUCCGAACUCAACUACCUUCACCAGACCAAGGGCAUCCACAUGAUGGUUUACUGUCUACAUCACCCAGGAGCCUCGUGUGUCCAGUUCAACCACCUUACACAGCAAUGGUGACCUCAGCAGUAUCCCACCUGUCACAUAUGCAAGGUAGAAACCUUAGCCCAAGUGAAGAGUGUCAUGUUUUGCCUCCUGCCGUGGUUCAGUCUUUUCAGGUAACAUCAACACCUCCUGUGAGGCCUUCCUACCAGUCUAUGCAGUCUAAUGAUGUAUACAAUGGACAGUCUGGUCUUCCUAUGAACUCUGCCUCCAGCCAAGGAUUUGAUGCUAUUUCAUUUCAGCAAGAUGCAGCUGUACCUCAUUUGAUAAAUCUUAGCUGCCAAGCUCUCCCACCGAUGCAGUUCCAUCCUUCAAAUCCAGGUUCUGUGUCACCAUCGAGUACAGCAGGGCACCCGCUAGCACACCCAGCUCAUUCAGGACAGUCAUCUUCUCGCCUACCAUCCAUCGGAUACCACUGCCCAAGCUCUGGACAGGGCUCCAUCUCUUCUGCAAUGAGUCGAUCCCUUGGGCAGUCUUCUCCCCAGCUGCAGCAAGUCCCAUACCAUUCUUCAAACCCAGCAUCUGCUUCAUCCCCAUCCCCAACAGCUUCCCAUCCUUUGGUCCAUUCACCACUGUCUGGACCAUCUUCACCCCAGCUACAACCUAUGCCUUACCAAUCUCCUAGCUCAGGACCUGCCUCAUCUCCCCCACCAGCCGCUGUAAGUCACUCGGGACAGCACUCCCCUCAAGCACAUAGUCCAGCAUUGGGAGGUCGUAACACAGCUUCAUCCCUAGUACACCAUAGCGUAUGCGAUUCAUCUCCAUUUUCACCAGAUGGGGCAGCUAUUAACAUUAAGCCAGAACCUGAAGAUCGAGAAUUGAAUUUUCAAACGAUAGGACUACAAGACAUCACACUAGAUGAUGUGAAUGAGAUCAUAGGAAGAGAUAUGUCACAGAUCUCAGUGUCACAUGGAACAACAGUGGCCAGCCAGUCUCCACGUACAUGCCCUGGAUCGCUGGAGACAGGAAUAUCUGAUGGAAUCCAGUAACAGAUAAGCUUACAACUAAGCAUCCAUGAAAGCUUCACAACUUCUCUGAAUAUUACUUCAUCCUCUUCCUCUUUAGACUUACUGUGCUUCCAACUCUGUGGCCUUUAUGAACUGGAACAGUGGAUCCUUGCAUAGCCCUUUUAGCGGGUUACAUUUUUGAUGUAGAGACAGAGCAUUUAUAAUGAUAGUUCCUCAGAUGCUGUAAAGUGACUUCUUAAAACGGACACACAGAAUCUACACCAGAUAUUUUAACUGUUCAAAAGCUACAAACAAGCUUUGCUUUUUUUGCAUUUAACUAGAAUACUUUUAUAUUGUAAGUGCUUCAAAUGUGUGAAGAUGUUAGUUUGCUCUUAUAAUAUUCACAGUACUGAACGUGAAAAAAGAUUUAAUACACAUCUUCAGUGUGCUGCUUUCCCUUAGAGGUAGUAUAGUUGUAACUAAUGAUUUGUAACACCUUUUGGUCAUUUUGGAAAGCCUUUAAGCUUAUAUUGUUUAAAAUGUUUUAAAAAAGAUCUUCCAGAGGCAAAUCAUACCCGUCAUCUGAAGCCAAUGCCAUGGAAGCCAUUGUGUAUACAAAUACUUUAGUGUUUUCUCUCUUAGAUUCAUAGGAAGCAAAGCCAAAUGUAGAUCUGCACUUGUUUAUAAACUGAAAAUGUUACUUGAUAGGCUGCAAAAAGACCAUUCCAUCAUGGAAGUGUUGGGAUAGAAGUGACAUUCCAAAAUUUAACUUUUAUAACUUUGUGGAUAAUCUUCCUGUACUUUAUUAGCACAGGCUCCUUCUUGAAAUAGCUUUUCUUAGAAAGUUACAUUUAUACUCAAAUUUGAGAACUAGGAUUUUAGAGUAAAGAACUGCAAUUUCAAAGCCAUGUUAGAUACAGAAGAAAUUUAAUAUUUGCUGAGGAUCUGAGUGUUCCUGUUAUCACCACAGGAUACUGUUUUGAAAUUACCAAUUCAGUGGCAUUCAAAUUUUCCAUGCAAUAAGUCAUUUGGUCACAUCUGUAUCUUUUAUGUGCUUUAUGCCUGAACUAUGCCACUUCAAAGUCCUAAGGAGAUGACAAUUACAGUUCCUUAAGUUUAAGCUGUUUAUAAGAUUUAGUCUGAUAAAACAUAAUUUACUGUGAAUUAGUGAUUUAGUAGUAUAAUUUGCCCAUGUUGAAUAGUAAGUGUGUGAAGCAGAAGUUACCAAAGAAAUGCACAAGAUUCAUGGCAGCAGUAUACUUUGUGCUGUGUUCCAAGGAUGCAUUUCCCUUACCCACAUAAUCUGAGAAUGUUUACAGAGUUAACAACAAUCUCAGGCCUCUAUGAUUAGAAACCUAGGAGAGGAUCUGCAGCUGCCUGUUUAGGCCAGAAACAUCCCCCCCGACACACACACCCCCCGAUCCUGCCUUGUCCCCCAAAGAAAUUGUAGUUUACGAAGCUUUCUGAUAUGGUUCAUACAGGGUACAACAACAAUCACAGCAAAGUAAGAUCAGAAAUACACUGAACUUCAAAUAUUUAAGGUUUUUUUUAGUUCCUCAUUUGGGCAAGUCGUGAUGUUCUAAUGCAAAUAUAGAGCAAACGCAUUCAAAAUUAUCAAAACAUAGAAAGGAUAGUUGCAUUAAAGUUAGUUCAGGCAUUUGUGGAUAUUUUAAUGGCUGAACAUGUGAAGGAUGUGCCUCUAUUCUGUAGCAAAAUGUUAUAGACUUAAAAUCACAGUGGAACAUCUUAAAAGUGGACUCCAUUAAUGAAUUAUAAAACCUGUAAGAGUGAAUAUAGAUUUCUAAUGGUGCAUUUUGGCAGACAAUCAUGGGGAAGCUUUACAUGGAGCCUCUUGAAGACGAACGUUACACCUAAACUUAAGUCAGAGUCCAAGCAAUACCAUUAAAGUAGCUAUAACGACACUUCUGUAAUAGUUGAAUCAUUGACUUUUUAAAAGGCCAUACAUUACGUGGGUGAAAUUAGAACUUGUUAUGAAUUACUUCCUUUUAAGAGUGCAACCUAAGGCUACUAUCUAGGCAAUUCAUAGUUAUUUCAGACAACUUAAUGCUAGGCCACUAUGUAUGUGCUGGGAAUCUAAGCAUCCUUUUUGUGAAUGUAUUGUUCAAUGGUGCAAAUCUUUAAAUCUGGGGAAAAAAAAAAAAAA